CUACACCCUCUCUUAUAUAUAUUUAUACAUACAUAUACGUAACACGAACUCGAUCCCAACGGCGAGGCCGUCGACCAUGUACCUCAAAAAGAAAAACCAGCAGCGCCAGCGGUCCGGCGGUGGUAGUGGCAGGACCUUGAGGCAGCCCACCGCUCCGAUCGAAGCGCCUCCGUGCGCGGCGGAGGAACCGCUGGCGGGGGAGCUGCUGUCCUCCCUCGAACGCCGGAGGCUGUACCGGGACGUCGUGCGGGCGCUCCGCUCCGGCCUCCGCGACGCCUCGGCCGAUUUCUCCUUCCUGCGGCUCAGAGGCCUCCGGAACCUUCUCAAGUCCCUCCGAUCCAUCGCCGACUCUGAUACCGCCAUCCUUUUCUUUCGCCACUCCCAAUCCAUUCCCGAGCUCCAAGUGGUUCCAGUUCUGUUUAUGAUUAGUUUGCGACAAUUAGAAGAUGAUCCUAUCGUGGUUGCGGACCAUAUAUUUGGUAUGGAGCCUCUGAAGAUAAAUAGCCCUGCUACUGACUCUGAAGUUGCUCUUGCUCUGAGAGUAUUGGAAGGAUGUUGUCUGCUCCACUUGGGUUGUGCAGCUUUGGCUCACCAGCAUAAGGCUGUCAAGGUGCUUGUAAAAAUAUUAUCAACCCGAGGAAUGCUUGAGCAGGGAGCAUGCUUGGAUGCACUAAUAUCAUUGUUGUUAGAUUCUCCAGAUAACCAGAAGGAUUUUGAGGCAUGCCAUGGUAUAAAGAAAAUUGCAGAGCUCAUGAAAGACAAGCAAGUGGAUGAUAUUCUAAGGUUAAAAUGUGGGGAGUUCUUGCUGUUACUUACUGGGCAUGUAUAUGAAAGAAGGGAACCCACCCCCUUGGCAGCCAUACUAGAAGAUAUAAAGAAGAUUUUAGGUGAAAAAUGUGCAUCUUUUAUAUGGGCAGCAAGCCAGUUUGGCUCAACCCUAGACCCAGAUAAAAGACAAACCGCUCUGCGCGCCCAAGCACACCAAGUUCUAGAGUUGUUGGAGCUGUACUGAUGAAGAUGCUAAUGCCAUAUUUCAGCCUUUUGUUGUAAACAGACUGUAUAGUUUCUAACAGCUAAAUUUUUUUUGUUUUCUUACCUUACAUCCACAGCUCGCACAAACCUAAUCAGCAUCAAGCUGCGCGUCUUCAAUGAUUUGCACCAACAACUUUUGGUAAGGAUGCACUUCCAGGCCGGAUAGCUGAUUACUUAUUUGUAGUUGUACAGAAAUUUACUAUAUCGCAUAUCAAUAAGAUUAUUUUUUU